UAACAUUAAAUAGUUUACAAUGACACUAUUGAAGAGUUGAUCUUCAAUAAUCACACUUACUGACGGCGUAGUUGUAAUGUUUCUCAUGCGAUGGAUAAAGUAUUCUACAGUUUACGAGACAUUAAAAGAGAAAAUAAAGAAUUGGAAGAAUAAUAAUUACAGAAUGCUUGAAUUACCUAAUUCUAACUGGGUAAAAAUCGAUAAAGUCGAAGAGUUGCACAUACACCCACUGACCUCAGGAGAUAGAAUAAAAUAUUCCAAAUUAAAAUUUACGCCAUACGGGGCAAUUACAGAACAAAAAGAUCCUCCAGAACAAAAUGUUCCACAUAUAUGACCAAGAGACCAAACAAUUCCAAAACACACAUACUAGAACAGCCAUACAACUGGUGAGUGCGAAUAUGUUAAGUGGGUCCCGAGUACAAUUCAGCCUGGGAAAGGCUAAAGUAACUAUUGAUCUAGACAAAGAAACAAGGGACACUCGCAAAAUUGUAAGAGAUGAACUAAGAACAAAUAGUAAUAAGAUAUAUUGAUUGCGACGAAAAAGUUGCCAAAUGGUUAAACAGUACAUUUUACUUGUACAUCUCUACUCUGCGGAUAGUACGAAUAGAAUAUGAUAUUAUCGACGAACUAAAAAUAGAGAAAAAUAUGUUGAAAGAAAAUGCUGCUGAUGAAGCUUAGGUUCCAGGAAAACACAAAAUAUAACAGACGAAAUAGAGAAUAAUAAGAACGAACAAUCAAUACCGACACUUUACAUAGAAAUUUGACUGAUCAAGAAGAGAUUAUCAUCGUGUAAUAAGAUCUUUGCGGAGAAAAAGGGAAAAAAUAUUACUUGUGUACAAUCUCAUAAUUUGUUAAUAUUAUACGUUUGUAAGAUUACAUACAGUAAUUACACAUUACAAAUCAUAGAAUUAAAAGUAAAAGAACAGAACGGCUAAUAUUGUCUGCAUUGAAUGUACAUUGAUCGAAUCUAUUACUUCUUCUCAAGAUUUUAAUAACCAUUGAUAACAAUGUAUGAGGUUGCUAUUGAUAAACACUACAUUAAGAAUCAUCCCCAACUUCAUAAUCCAAAUUGGGUUAGAGUCGGUAAUGUUCAGUAUAUGUUCAUAUAUCCAAUAAAAGGGGGAAAGAAAAUGCAACAUAACUUUUUUAGAUAUAAUCACAAUGGAAUGAUAACUCAAUACUCACGAAGUCAAGUAUUUUGGGAUGGGAUGUACUUAUUAUAUAAUCAGCAAACCAAAAGAAUUCUACACUGGUCGAAUACUAGUUUGUUGGGUUCAAUAUCUGUUGACAUGACACAAGAUGGAACCAAGAUAUUUAACAGUUCAUUACUGAACAAUUUAGACAUUUUAUGUAUCACAGAGCAAAGCAUAAAAGAAAAUAGCAGAAUUUGUUAUUACUCGUCAUGGCAAACGGGCAGACCACUAAAACUUAUUGAUCAUGGCGAUGAAGCUGCCGAAUGGAUAACCAAAGGUUUGAAAUUUGACGCACCUAUACGUUUAUUAGAAAGAAGCUGUGAUCCUUUAAUCGAGGAAUCAAAUAUUAUAAGAGAAAAUUGGAUAGAUUAUUGCGGGAAAUACUCAACUAGAUCAGAUGAAAAGCCGGAAAAGUUCGCGGAUUUAACGCGUUGCGUAUUAAUGACAGAAGUUACGUUGCAUAAAUUACUUCGAGAGGCAACAAACGUAUACAAUAAUUAUGUGAUUCGUCCAAAUAUUGUUGUUUCGACACCACAAUCAACCUUGCCUUUUAGUGAAGAAGAUUGGGAAUGGAUAUCGCAUUGCGGUACCUUAUUCAUAUUCGAACUUAAAGUACCAUAUAUUUUCCAACGAGGAUGAUACAGCACAUUCAGGAGUUUAUUGCGCACCGAUCGUAUCUGGAGACAUGGAAA